AUGGCAUUUGCUAGAUCGCUUGCUGAAUUUUUGCGAAUUCCUAUAGUAGUGACUAAUCAAGUUAGAUCUCGAAACCGAGAUGAAACUAGUCAGUAUUCUUUCCAAGCGAUCCUUGUUGAUUCCUACUCACCACAAUCACAUAUUUCCUCUAUAACAGCUAAACUAAAAGAUGGAUUUCAAGAACACGCUAGGACAUAUGAUUCUCACCUUGUUGCUGCAUUGGGGAUAAACUGGGCUCAUGCUGUAACCAUCCGGUUGGUUCUUGAAGCCAAGGCUUCACGAAUUCAUGGAAUGAAAAGUAAAGCAUUUUUAAGAUGGCAGUAA